AUGAUGAAGGGGAGCGGUGCCAUCACGAACAUGAAGCCAACGUCGCCGUCGUCCAUGUUCUACGUCCACGAGGGUGACGUCGCCCAGAGCCACCACUUCCUGGAGGAGUGCUCCCUCUGCGCCAAGCCGCUCUCCGGCGACAUCUUCAUGUACAGAGGUGACACGCCGUUCUGCAGCGAGGAGUGCAGGCGGCAGCAGAUCGAGGUGGACAGGGCGAGGCACCGGCGGAAGAAGCACGCGGCGGCGCACGCCGUGUCGGCGCGGAAGGAGCACCACCGGCACCACCACCACCACCAUCACCACCACCACCGUCAGCACCAGCACCAGCACCAGAGGGCCAUGGUGAAUGCCACCCCGUGGAACGACGCCGGGUUCGCCGCGAGGAGCCCCGCGUUGCGCGUGUGA